AUGGAGGACUGCCUUCACACCUCCUCUGAAAACCUCUCCAAGCUGGUGAGCUGGGCCCACAGCCACGGGACCAUCUGCAGCCUCAUCCCCAACCUCAAGCACCUGCUCUCCGAGGGGGCCCACGGCAACCUGACAGCCAUGUGGGGCUGUAGCGCCGGCCAUGCCUACCACUGGCCCCUUUUUUCCGGGGAGCGUGUUUGCUCCCAGGCCGGCCGCAGCUUCAACUCGGACAGCCCCAGCAUGCUGGGCGUCCCCUCAGAGGCACAGGCCAGCCCCCUGGAGCGCUACCAUGGCAGGCCGGGGAAGGCCAAGCUGGACUGCACCCGCACUCGUGACUCCUGUGACUUCUCCUACUGCAGUGAACCAUCGGAGCUGGGUGAGCCCGUGGAGGAGUAUGAGGAUGAGGCCACCCUCUUUGACAUGGUUUGCGAGUCUUCUGUCACUGAUGAGGACAGCGACUUUGAGCCACAUCCCCACCGGGUCCCCUCCGGCCCUC